GUUUUAUCAUCUUCAUAUUCACUUAAAAUUAUUUAUUUCUUUGAAUAAUAAUAAUUAAUAUAAUAGAAAUGGCUGCUUCUUCUUCUUCUUCUAUGGCUAAGAUGAUUUCCAAUUUCUCUGUUUCUAUUCUUACAAGGCGAGGAUAUGCUUCUUCAGCCGCGGUCGGGGAAAGCAGCAGCAAGACAUUAAUGAACAACAACAAGAAGAAAUCGCCCGUUUCAUGGGUGCCGGAUCCUAAAACCGGUUACUACAUGCCCGAGAAUCGCAUUCAUCAACAACAACAACUUGAUCGCGACGUCGUCGCAGAGAUUCUCAUCAAGAACAACAACAAGAACUAAAACAUAUGUUAUUCCGAAUUCCUCUAUUUGCUACCUGAUGAGUUUACGAAUUCAUUAAUAUUAUUGUUGGAUUGGAUCAUCACAAUUAAAGUUGGUAAUUUAUUUCUAUUAAUAAAUUAACUACUUCAUUCCAUUUCUUCAUUAAAGUUUACCU